UCCCUAUUAUAUAUAUGAACAGCCAACGUCUUUCAACAAACAUUGUGGUUUGCUAGUUCUGUGGAAGUGACAAUAUGGCGCCAGUUCCUCCWGCACCUCAAAUUGAAGGAGCCUURAAGUCGACAAUCAACUCCAUUGGGUUUGGAGCUAUUACCACAGUUUUAGCRGUAACAUUUGGCAGGCUYUUYAUCCCAAACUUUUUCGUUAUCAUCGUCUCGUUUGUGGUAUUCUUGGAGUUUGUCUUGCUGAUAUGCAUCCCAAGAAGGAAAGAGCAUUACGAGCUGUAUCAGGCCCCAGGAAGGAGAGCAGUUCACAACAUCGGAGGGGCUGAAGUUCCACAAAUCAACAUCCAAGGACCUGAAGGCACCGACGGGACUCCSAAGAAAAAACAAGGAGUUCGAGCCAGGUUGAAAAAAGAUCACAAUAAGCCUGGCAAAAAGGAUCAGCUCGGAGUUGGURGUUACGACGAAGAUCCYGAAGGGGUAAGCACUGGAGGGCGUUCAAGCCCAAAACGUUCACCCAAAAYYGAGGGCAAAGCCGCAAAGGACGACGGAUCAAAAGCAGCAAAAGACGAGGAAAGUAAAACAAAGGAAGGGAAGGCAGAAAGUGCGCAGUCAGAACAAGACGACAARUCCAAAGGAAAAGGAAAAGGUGGCUGGCGAAAGAGACUAACUUCGAAAUCACAAAGCGAAGAAUCUGCYUAAAACAUUUGAAUUUCUCGAUGAUAAAUGAACUUGUUUGCUUUUAUAGUAWUUUAUAGAAAUGGUGCUGAAUGGUAAAAUGCCAAUUAAGUAAACUGUUUGUUCAGUACUAUUUUAAAGACGUACCAAAUUAGCUGUAUAUAUUAAGUACUGUAAUUUUAACAUUACUAUAUCACGAGAUACUACACUCGUUCAAGAUAAACUGCUAUGUCUUAAAUAAUUUCGCACGUAGCUUAAUGUUAUAUCAAUGAUUAUAUUUAGCUCAAAUUGUCAAUUGAGUCGUUGUUAUCUAGAUUAAACAGGAAAUGUUCAACUACGCUAGCGGGUUUCACCAAUACCCGAGUGAUUUGUACAGAUGCACACUUUUCAGACGUUAUUAAAAAUGUUGUUUAUCCACAUGAAAAAGACUUUACUAAACCCUUAUUAAUAAACCUUGUUCAACUUAGCGGGUUGUAUAUGUCAAACUGUCCUUAUUUCUGAAUUCAUAAUAGUUUGUUCACAGCAGAAUCCAUUUGACAAUUUGUUACAAAAUGAUAAACUAAAAAAACAAACACAGAUGGGAAUAAACAAA